AUGUCCCAAACAUCGCCCGCCACUGCCGGCCAAUCUCUAUGGCCUCACUCCAGUAUGCCUUCGCCUUCAGCCUCCCAUCGCCCUCUCCAAUUACCGACGCGCUAUCCCGGAGAUGGCUUCGACUUCAGGAGGCCGGUUACCAGUAAUAACGAGGAGGUUAUUGAUCUUACCGACGAGCCCGAUUCUCCUCCUCGACCGCUGUCGCAGCAGCAACAGCAAUCCCAUAACAGACAUCAUUAUACGCGCUUGCCUCGGUUCGGCCGAAAUGUCAUGCAAGAUGUGGUCGAUUUGGACGAAGUGCAGGAGAUUGGACAAGGGCUCCCCUCAAGCAGCCCGGAGGUCGAAUUUGUGGGUGCGACGACAAGGGCGCCUACCGCGCCACCACCAAGGCCGGAAGGAUCACAGCUAUGGAGGAUGCUGAAUGGAAACUCAUUAGCAAGCUUCGUGAUGUCGUCAGAGGCGUUUCGACGGCCCAUUCCUUGGGCAAGUGGCCUGUUUGGCCGGCAACCGCAGGACGUGGACAGUUUGUUUAUUGGCGGGGAUCUCGAUAUUGAGUAUCCGAUAUCUACGGCCACUGUGGAUCGUAGGCCACCGGUGGAUACAUAUAAGGCCCCAAGUCCUGCGCCGGAGGGGUUCACGAGGAACGCGAAGGAGGACGAGGUGGUCGUGUGUCCUAACUGCGACCAGGAGCUGGGUACGGGUGAUGAGACCAAAUCACAGAUAUGGGUUGUGAAGAAAUGCGGUCAUGUCUACUGUGGUGAAUGUACGAGACACCGCGCUCUCUCGAAAGCGAAGAAGGCACCGCAACGGAUGAAGCCGUUUAGUAAGUGUCGAGCGGAUAAUUGUGGGGUGCCCGUUAGUGCCCCGAAGUCCAUGAUUCAAAUAUAUCUGUGA